AAAAACUCAUUUUCAAAACGUGUCUUAAAAGCCUCCUGACUCACUAAAUCAGUGCAUUUUUCAGCAGAGUGUAUAGUGAGGUUGAGAGGAUGACAGCUCGAGUGUGCUGCUCGUUGAUUGCUGCUUUAUUUUGUGUCUCUGUAUGUUUGAGCACAAGAGCUGAAGGAGCAGCCACAGUAAAUGGGUCUAUUCAUUUGGCUGCAGGGUUGUUACCAGCAGAACCAACAAAGCCAGGAGUGUGUCCUAGAAAUGAUCUUGAAGUAGCAGUGUCAGUGUGUGUUGAGAUGUGUUCUCAUGAUGGUGACUGUCCAAAAGAUGAGAAAUGCUGCAGCAAUGGAUGUGGACAUCAGUGUAUGCCUCCAUAUAAAGAACCAGAAAAGCCAGGAGUGUGUCCAAAAAAUCCUGAAGUAGCACUUUUAGGGGGGUGUGUUGAGAGGUGUUCUCAUGACCGUGACUGUCCAAAAGAUGAGAAAUGCUGCAGCAAAGGAUGUGGACAACAGUGUAUGCCUCCAUAUAGAGAAAAGCCAGGAGUGUGUCCAAGCAAAAACCUUGGAAUAGGAGUGUGUGCUGAAUUGUGUUCUCAUGACAGUGACUGUCCGAAUGAUGAGAAAUGCUGCAGCAAUGGAUGUGGACAUCAGUGUAUGUCUAUCUAAAGAAAAGCCAGGAGUGUGUCCAAAAAAUCCUGAAGUAGCACUUUUAGGGGGGUGUGUUGAGAGGUGUUCUCAUGACCGUGACUUUCCAAA